GCAAUUUAAACCUAACUUCCCUGUAGUGGGUUGGAGAACAGGAAUAGAAAGGGAUAAAGGACACGGUUGUAAUGACACAUGUACACAUGUACAGUCGCUAUUUCAUACUAUACUCUGAAGAGAUUGGCCUUUACCUAACUUCAUCUGAGGAAGAGGAUGACGCAGCAGGGACCUACAGCAGCUAUGGAGGAAAGGCUCAGCUGUCCCAUCUGCUUUGAGUUCUUCCAGGACCCAGUGAGUCUGAAAUGUCAACACAGCUUCUGCCGCAGCUGCCUGGAAAUACCAACAAGGAUUCAACAAAAGCAGCGCGAGUGCCCAGUCUGCAGGGGAAGGAAUUCCAUAGACAAUAUCCAGCCCGCAAUGUCUAAUAUGAAACUGAGGAACAUAGUGGAGGCCUACCUGCAGGGAGAAGAGAAGAAGGGUAGUGGGGGGAGAGCAGUGGGUCUUGUGGUGUGCGCCAGACAUAAUAAGAAGCUCAGGUUUUUCUGUGAGGAAUGUGAGGAACUUGUUUGUGCUGUGUGUGUGGAGACCGAGCGGCAUGCCAAGCAUAAACACCAGCCAGUGAAGGAGGAAGCGCAAUGGCGUAAGAGGGAAAUCACUUCAUUGAUCUACAACCUUCCUGAGAAACUGGAACUGGACAUAAAGCAAGCGAGAGUCACAAGAAAGUGUGCAGCACAGUACAUAAAGACCCAGGCCCAAACCACAGCAGGACAGAUCAAGAGUGAGUUUGCGAACCUCCACCAGUUCCUGAGAGUUGAGGAGGAGGCCAGACUGGCAGCUUUGAAACAGGAGGAACGGGUGAAGACAGGGUUACUGACCGAGAGGAUCGCCCGUCUUGCCAGCAACAUGACCUCACUCCCAGGGAGGAUCUCAGACAUACAGGCCAAGAUGAAGACAGAUGACAUCUCGUUUCUACAGAUGUACAAGGAUUUGAAAGACAGGGCCAAGUAUACAAUGCAGGAUCCAGAGCCUGUAUCGGGGGCACUGAUAGACGUGGCCCAACACUUGGGAAACCUGAGGUUCAAGGUCUGGAAGAAAAUGCAAGAGAUGGUGCAAUACACCCCUGUGACCCUGGAUGUGAAUUCAGCCCACCCUGAUCUACUGAUCUCUGGGGUCCUCCUGGAGGUGAGUGACAGACGAUCGUCCCAGCCUGUGCCUGAUAACGCGGAGCGAUUCGACAGCUCAGUGAGCGUGUUGGGCUCUGAAGGCUUCUACUCAGGCAUUCACAGCUGGGAGGUGGAGGUGGGGCCUAAGAAGGCCUGGACCCUGGGAGUGGCCAAAGAGGGUGUGGCCCGGAAGGGCAAUGUGAUGGUCAGCCCAGAGGGUGGGAUCUGGGCGAUGGGGCUGUGGAACGGGGAGGAGUAUAGCGCUGGAACCUCCCCCCUGGGUACCCCUUUGGUCCUGAGUAGGAAACCCCAGAACGUCAGGGUCAAGUUGGACUAUGAGAAAGGAGAGCUGUCCUUCUAUGACUCCAGUGACAUGUCACUCAUCUAUAUGUUCGAACAGAGGUUCACAGAGAGACUGUUCCCCUACUUCUCUCCCUGCUUUAACUCCGAUGGCACUAACCCUGGAGUACUGAGUAUCUGCCCUGAGAAGGUGUUUGUGACUGUGACACCUGCUCACUAAGGAUAUUUUCUGGUGAUACUACUUUACGAUCACUCACCGAAGUGUCUGUCUUGGUAAAGUCUGUCACAGUGACUCUAGUGGUGACAGUGAUGUCUGUGACACCAAUGUGUAUUCCGAAACUUUGUCUGGGGCACUUUCCUGUUAAUUAAUUUAUUGAGAGAAUGUGUCAUGAAUUCCCUACUUUUUGGUGGAAUGUUCAAUAAAAUUACAGUUACAAAAAAAGAGUUCCAAAAGGGUUCCCUUUUUGGUUCCAGGUAAAACUAUUUCGGGUUCCAUGUAGAACCUUUUGUGGAAAGGGUUCUAGAUUAAAUCUAAAAGGGUUUUACCUGGAACCAAAAGAGGUUCUUCAAAGUGCUUUCCUAUAGGGACAGCUGAAGAACCUUUUUGGUUCUAGAUAACACCUUUUUUUGAAGAAUGUACAGUUGUGGCCAAAAGUUU